AUGUCUAUGCUCGAUUCUAUGACACCCGGCUCCAGUCAUCACGCGAGCCUCGAUCAGCCAAUUACGUCUCAAACAGGAGCAAUGUCAAAAGAAAGCCAUGCUAUCCAAACUGCCUUCAAGGCAGGCAAAGAAUAUGUAGUCCCUUGGGACAGCCAAGAAGAACAACGUAUUGAACAAGCAAUGCAAGACCUCGGCACGUACCUCAGCGAUCUCGAUCACUCGCUCUCCUACGAGGGUACUGAUAAGAAAGUGGUAUGGCGCAAGUCCUGCUGGUUUGCCAGUCAGGGAAUUGGACAUCCUUUCCUGGACUCUGAGACCGAUAUUGCCAAAUUUGACGGUGAUCUCAAAGAUGGCCUUACGGGUCUUCAAGCGUUACAUGAUGCCAGAACUCGAGAAUCGGCGCAUUGUCUGAAGUCUGCGCUCGACAGUGCUUUGGUAACAACUAGUAUGGCUGUAGGCAUUGACCCUGAAUUGGUGCAGCGAUGUACGGUUCGCUAUCGUGCUAUCAAGUACACGCCCCAUGCUGGUGCUCCUGGUGGCAUUGGUCUUCAUCCAGAUGGCAAUCUUCUCUCUGCGCUCAUCACAAAUGGGCCAGGACUUCGGGUCUAUGACCUCGACGGAAGAGUGCGAUUUCCCGGACAUAAAGGCACCAUAAUGAUGGGUGGCUCAACGCUCUACCGCUGGGCCAAUGAGUUUAUCCCGACUUUUCACGAUGUUGACAUCAGUGGGAAUGAAGUCAAAGUCUCCAUCGUGGCUUUCUUCAACUUCCCUGACAUGGAGACAAUACCAAGGACUUUAAGGCAACAGGGAGACAGUUUCUUUCAUGAUAUUCGAAGGAUCAAGGAAGAUGACAAACUUCCAAGUGGGGAGCUGUCGGCGUUAUGGGAUGUUAUCAUUCAGAACCACCAGCUAUCUCUACCUCCAGUUAUUGCAAGUGGAUAA